AGAAAACCCACCUGCCGCGGUCUGGGCUGCGAGGAGAGGGCUGCGCCUCGGGGUGAACCUCGCUCAUUAUCUCUAAUUACGGGUCUGGGCGCCGCACAGCCCCGGGCAGCCGCGCCGGCAACCGAGGGACCGGCACCGGGCCGCGGCCGCCCGCUCCCCCCCCCCCCCCUCCGCACCCCCGGCUCCGCGCUCGCCUUAGCAACGCGGGUUUCCCCCCCCCCGCCCUUCCGCGGACAUGGACGGUCGCCGGUGCGCGGCCCUGGCGCUGCUGGUCGCCGGCUGCUUGGCCCGCGGAGGUUGCGCGGAGCGGCAGUUCCUCAACGAGUGGGCGGCGGAGAUCCCGGCGGGCCCCGACGCCGCUAAAGCCAUCGCGGAGGAGCUGGACUACGACCUGGUGGGGCAGAUUGGAUCACUCAAAAAUCACUACCUAUUCAGACAUAAAAGCCAUCCAAAGCGGUCUCGAAGAAGUGCCAUUCAUAUCACCAAAAGACUUUCUGAUGAUGAGCGGGUGUCUUGGGCAGAGCAGCAGUACGAAAAAAAGCGAACUAAGCGUGCCACCGUGAGAGACUCAGCAGAAAAUCUUUUCAAUGAUCCUAUGUGGAAUCAGCAGUGGUAUCUGCAAGAUACAAGAGUAAAUCCAUCCCUGCCCAAACUGGAUCUCCAUGUUAUUCCUGUAUGGCAAAAAGGGAUUACAGGCAAGGGUGUUGUCAUCACCGUGCUAGAUGAUGGCUUGGAGUGGAAUCACACCGACAUCUAUGCUAACUAUGAUCCAAAGGCAAGCUAUGAUUUCAAUGACAAUGAUCAUGAUCCUUUUCCAAGAUAUGACCCAACAAAUGAAAACAAGCAUGGGACACGGUGUGCAGGAGAAAUUGCCAUGCAAGCCAACAACAGAAAAUGUGGCGUUGGAGUAGCCUACAAUUCCAGAGUUGGAGGUAUACGGAUGCUGGAUGGAAUAGUCACUGAUGCCAUUGAAGCCAGUUCAAUCGGUUUCAAUCCAGAACACGUCGAUAUUUACAGCGCAAGCUGGGGGCCUAAUGAUGAUGGUAAAACUGUGGAGGGACCUGGGAGACUGGCACAGAAGGCUUUUGAGUAUGGGAUAAAACAGGGCCGAAAUGGGAAAGGGUCCAUUUUCGUGUGGGCUUCUGGGAACGGAGGCCGUCAGGGUGACAACUGUGACUGUGACGGUUACACCGAUAGUAUCUACACCAUCUCCAUUAGCAGUGCUUCUCAGCAAGGCCUUUCUCCCUGGUAUGCAGAGAAGUGCUCUUCAACUCUGGCCACAGCAUACAGCAGUGGGGAUUAUACUGACCAAAGAAUUACAAGUGCUGAUCUUCACAAUGAGUGUACAGAGACUCACACUGGGACCUCUGCAUCUGCACCACUGGCAGCAGGAAUUUUUGCUCUAGCGCUGGAAGCAAACCCAAAUCUAACAUGGAGAGAUAUGCAGCACUUGGUAGUGUGGACCUCAGAGUAUGAUCCACUGGCUGGAAAUCCAGGAUGGAAAAAGAAUGGAGCAGGACUGAUGGUCAACAGCCGAUUUGGGUUUGGACUACUCAAUGCCAAUGCACUGGUAGAUUUAGCUGAUCCCAAAAGAUGGAAAGGUGUACCAGAAAAGAGAGAGUGUAUUGUCAAAGACAAAAGCUUUGAACCAAGAUUAUUAAGAGCAAAUGAGGAAGUCAUCAUUGAAAUUCCCACAAAAGCCUGUGAGGGUCAAGAAAACUCCAUUGCAUCCCUGGAGCAUGUGCAGCUUGAGGCAACAAUUGAGUAUUCUCGUAGAGGUGAUCUUCAUGUCACUCUGGCAUCUCCAUCAGGGACCAGCACUGUCUUACUGGCUGAGAGAGAGCGAGAUAAAUCUCCCAAUGGCUUUAAGAACUGGGACUUCAUGUCUGUUCACACAUGGGGAGAGAAUCCAACAGGCACCUGGGUGCUAAGAAUUACCGACGUGUCCAGAAGAAUACAAAAUGAAGGAAGGAUUGUAAGCUGGAAAUUGAUUUUGCAUGGCACUGCCACCCAGCCUGAACAUAUGAAGCAGCAACGCGUAUACACAUCCUACAAUACUGUGCAAAAUGACAGAAGAGGAGUGGAGAAGAUGACAGACUUUGUAGAAGACCAUACCACACAGGAGAACCUGAGUGAAAAACCCAAAGUCACAGAAGAUUCUGGCAGCAGCAGUGACAAAGCAGAAGGUAAAAUCCCAUCAGAGGCUAUGCUACAUUUGCUGCAAAGUGCUUUCAGCAGACAGAUGGCUCAGAAGCGACUGCCAAAGAAGACUGCAAGUGAGAAGUUAAAUAUUCCAUAUGAACACUUCUAUCAAGCCCUCGAAAAAUUAAACAAGCCCUCCCAGCUGAGAGACUCAGAAGAAAGUCUGUACAGUGACUACGUUGAUCUUUUUUACAAUGCCAAACCAUAUAAGCAUAGAGAUGAUAGACUGCUGCAAGCCUUGGUUGAUAUUAUAAAUGAAGGAAACUAAACUAUAGGCUAUGGCACUGAGUUGGAAAUAUUCAUUCUCCCCACCCCACCUGUAGUUUUUUUUUUUUUUUUUUUUUUCAGAAGUCUGUUGUAUGCUCUAGUUGUGUGAUUGCUGCUUUGAUUGCUUUAUAUUUAAUACAAAUAUCAAGGAAGGGAAAAAACAGGUGUGGGAGGAUAAGGCAGUAAACUGAUGCUUUUUAGUAAUAGCUUUUUUCAAAGCUUUUCUUCAUUACCAUCAGAGUAGAUUUGCCCCCCCCUCAGGCAUGAAAUGCAAUAGUACUCCCCUGAAAACCCUAAUGCUCUAUUUUAAACAAUUUUCAUGUUACUUAUUCUUCCCCCCUAUUCACUUAGCAUACAGUAGGAUUCAAAACCUGAAUCACCAAGCAGCUUUGAACCAAACUGCCAGAGCUAUGGGGAGAUACUCUCAUCCCUGAAUUUGUAAUGAAUAUUGCAGUCUUUCUUACAUUUGGCAUUAAUUCCAGAUUUAGCAGAUGCAGCCAGUACUGCUUCUGUCAUAGCUUUUUUGUUCUUUCUCCAAACAGCAAUGCUCCCUUACCCCUCUGUUCUCCUGUAAAGGAGUCGCUGGGAGGCUGGAGCUGGAUUGGAGCAUCAGUGGACACUGAUGAAGUUAUUCAUGAUUUAGACUACAGAGGGACAUACACUAACAUAAAAGAGCCCCAGAUGAGGCAUCCCAGACCACGGGGUGGCAUUCUCACCUCCUAACUUUACCUAAGUGAAGUGCCUGAACUACGAGCCUAGUCUUUCUAGGCUAUAUGUAGCUAAUGAAGACAGAGGCUCCUAUAGGUAGCACUUCAGGGCACUCAGCUGGUCUUUACACUGCUUCUGAAUUACCUAUAGAGCCUCAGUUAGAUUUCUAAAGUUAAGUAAUAUAAACGCCUUCUGAGAUGCCUAUGUCCGCAGUAGUCAGGACAACAAAGCUGAGAUCACCUUGUCCUUUCCUUGAACUGUGACCAAAGGGGAAUAGAAAGGACAACUGUACCAGCAAAGCCCACUUAAAGACUGGAUCUUGGAGUGCCUGUGGUAGAUUGUAACCUUUCCCAAAUAUCUAGGAAGUUAAGGCAAAAAGGAUGGGGAGAGGUGUGAGAUUAGUAAAAGAAAUGCCCUGAGAAGGGCCUCAGAAAUGGAGAGAAAGAGUGAAUGGAAUAUGGAGGAGGGAGAGGAAUAGAAGGAAGGAGGAGGUGGAAGAGGAGGGAGCAGAGGUGGCUGUCAGAAAGCAGCUGGGGCGGGCGGCUCUCUAACAUUAGCAGGAUGCUAGACAAACAGUUUUCCACACAUACCUCUCUAAAGUCAGAGUCAAGUUUGACAUAUGAUUUUAUAAUUAAAAAAAAAAUAAAAAAAAUGCAGUGUUUGCUCACAAAUUGGAGGGGAUCUAGAACAAGGGAAUGAAGAUUCCCAGGGGAUAUUUACCUCAUUGCAGUGCCAGAGGUAAUCCAAACAAGUGCUGACUGAUUUUUACUUUUCUUUCUCAUCUACUAUUGAAAUGUGUUUUCCAGAGACUGUAGAAAUGUUUGAUUCUCCUUCACUGUCUAUUUCUUAAAAUGACGCAAGACAAGAGUUUAGCAUUUUGCUCAUAAUUCCUCAGUUCAGAUAGAGAUUUUUCAAACUUCACACUAAAUUCUGUAAUUUUAAGGUAAAUCUAUUUACUGUAAUAGCACUUAAGUCUUCUUCUAUGGAAAAAGGGACUGCUUUAAAGACAACUUUAGAAAUUGUUUUACCAAACUUAAAAUUUAAAAAUCUCUGAUUAUUCAUUCUUUGUGAUGGUUUUAUGUCUGUCUUGGGCUUAGUCUGCUUUUUUGCCAGCUUUAGAUAGAUUAAGCUUAGUUGGUUUGAAGAAUUCUUCCAUAUUUCUAGUCCAUACUUCAAAGAUAACAACUCCACUAUUGAAUGUCUCUUACACUGAGUCGCUCCCUCUCUAAUAAGAAAUUUGCCUGGAAUGAGAAGUGAUUAAAAAAAUCCCUGCAAGUGGCCCAAAUCAGAAAGCUUUCUUGUGCCGUCCUUUCAACACACAGGCUUUCUGGCAAUACAGAACUACUGAACAAGCAAAACAUAAAAAUGUCUAAUUGCUGCUAUCGCAGAGUGAGAGCACUAACUUAUUACCACCAAUGUUUAAUUUUCAGAAUGGGGACUUAAUCGCCACGAUAAAUAUUCCCAUCUGGUGAGUCAGGACCACUUUUAGCCCUGUGCAAUGAAGCUCAGAGGCUGGUUCCCUCAGAUAACUGCGAUUUUAGCCAGUCCUCAUUCAGGGGUGUUACAGCAAGGAAAGCACUAGCAACACUCAAUCAGCCCUUGAAAGAAGUUUUCAGAGUUAACGGAUGGAAAACAUAGGGCCCUCCUUUGUUUUAAGAUCAGUUCUCAUGUUGUAGCCAAAGUUUCAUCAGAAGACAAGUUUAAGAUCUAUCUUUUGAAUGUUUCCAACCCAGAGUAGAUUGUACAGGAGUAAAUUAUUUUUAUUGUUAGUCUUUCCUUGGUGCCUGUGUGGGUUUUGUGAAAAAUGUAAAAGGAAAAAAAAAAAUGUUUUCUCUCAGAAUUUUAAAUUAUAUUUUCGUUACAGGUAUUUAUAAUAGAGCAAAGAUUUUAUUGAACAGACAGAAUUUUAAAAGGCAUAAUAAAUUCUAUUGAAGAACCAGAUUUUUCUUGGGAAAGAGACAAUUUCAUCCAAUAAAAGUAUUUUUUAAAAGGCAUGUUCCAACAGCAACUGCAACAUGUAUGUGAUGUGAUGUUAAAAUUUGUCUACUAGUAGCAUAAUACAGUGUGUUAGCAGAG